UAGACGCACAGCCUCCUCCUCCUCCUCCUCCUCCUCCUCCGCGGCUCGUGUUCCUCGGUAACAUGGUGUGCAGCGCGCGGCAGCAGUAGACAGUAUCGCUGGACCGUAAGAGAAGGCGCUCGCACUGCUUGACCUGCUCUCCUUCCACAACAAAUCAACGCAACGAGGGAAACUUUGCGUUUCUUGGACACGGUCUUACCUCAUUGGCCCUCAUUGGUCUGACCUGGGGCCUCGGCGUUGUCACUGCGCACACAGAGACAUAUCAUCAUGGGAAAACAGAACAGCAAACUCAGGCCCGAGAUGCUACAGGACCUGAGGGAGAACACAGAGUUCACUGACCACGAGCUGCAGGAGUGGUACAAGGGGUUCCUGAAAGACUGCCCCACUGGGCAUUUGAACGUUGAGGAAUUUAAGAAGAUCUAUGCCAACUUCUUCCCAUAUGGUGAUGCCUCUAAGUUUGCUGAGCACGUCUUUCGUACAUUUGACACGAACAACGAUGGGACCAUUGACUUCCGGGAGUUCAUUAUUGCUCUGAGUGUGACAUCGCGGGGAAAACUGGAGCAGAAGCUGAAGUGGGCCUUCAGCAUGUAUGAUCUGGAUGGCAACGGUUACAUCAGCCGUGAGGAAAUGUUAGAGAUUGUGCAGGCCAUUUAUAAGAUGGUGUCAUCGGUGAUGAAAAUGCCUGAGGAUGAAUCCACACCAGAGAAGAGGACAGAUAAGAUAUUCAGACAAAUGGACCUGAACAAUGAUGGCAAGCUGUCUUUGGAAGAGUUCAUAAAAGGUGCCAAAAGUGAUCCCUCCAUUGUGCGGCUACUACAGUGUGACCCCAGCAGUGCUUCACAGUUUUGAGUCGCUCCAGACAAGCGGCACUCAAUGCAUGAAAGCUCUUAUAUGUCAGUCUUUUUUGUGUUCCAGACAGAAGAGUUUAAGAAAAAGUGCAACAAUUUUGCUUUCAGUUUUUCCCAGAAUGGACGUGUACAUCUGAAGAACAAAGAGAACACCUGCCAGGACAUUCUCUGUCUGGUGCGUGGCAUCCGUCCUUGUCUCUGCAGAAGCUAAUGGAGUACUCGACUCCAAAAAAUAUAUAUAAAAAAGCGGCUGAUCGUGUUCCAGGGUCCAGAUUUUGGAAAAGAAAGUUCCUUUUUAGGAAUCAUGCAUGCGCUUUUGAUCUUCACCACCCCUCUUGUGUUUAAUAUCAGUGCUGUUUUGUUUCUCUUCCUCUUAGUUUUGUGAGGGCACAGUUCCCCAUCUACUUUUUAUAUUGAUAUGUAUGUGUAUAUACAGUAUAAAUGCAUAGAGAAACAUGAUAGGACUACAAAGGAAGGCAGUUAUAGACGUCACAUGCAUCUUAUGGCAGUAUUAUGUAGCUUUGGGCAGUAUCCACUAUCCAGAUUUUAGCCUCCAAUUGACCCAGUGGACUGAUGGACUGAAUUUUGGGAUUUUUCUGCUCUGGCACUCAUGAUCUUUAUUUUACAAAGAGAAGGCUGAGGAUCCCAUUCUUGAAUUUUGUUCAUUUAAUUGUUGUUGUUUUUGUUGUAAAUAUGUGGUUUGCUUUCAUUAUUUCGUUAUUUAUUUUUUGCAUUUUUAUGGUGUUUAUUUUAACUGGGGAUAUUUUAUUACUGUCAAAACUAGAUGUGAGACACUUGAUGUAUUAUGCCGUUUGGAGUUAGUUGUUAGUCGUUCGAGGCUUUUCAGUGCAUUGUGGGACAUUUUUGCAUCAGGGGACACAUUCCGUUGAAUGGAAGACACUGGUAGCACAUAUCAUUUGAAGAGCUUCAUCUGUGUGCGUGCGGUUAUGCGCGUUUGUAUGUACGCAAGAAUGACGGUUUGCAUGUUUUGGUGUAUGUAUGCAUCUGUGCUAACUUUAUAGUCAUUUUGUGUAGUUAAUACAAUAUCUUUGUAUGCAA